AUGGCUGCCCAGAAGGGCACAGAUGAAAUCCUGGAGGAGAACCAUUUGAACAAUAAUUUAGAGGAGCCAAAGCACAGCCUUGAGGAAGAAGGUAAUGAAGACAUAGAUCAGGAGGCCAUAAAGGAGAAGGAAGAGAGUGAGUAUGAGGAAGAUGGAGAGGAUGAUGUGAAAGAAGAUGAGAAUGAAGUGGAGGAGGAUGACAGUGAGUAUGAGGAAGAUGAAGAAGAUAAUGUGGAAGAGGAGGAGAAUGAAGUGGAGAAGGAGGAUGAAGAAGAGGAGGAUACAGAGGAGGAGUGCAGAGCCACAUCAGCCCACUCUGUGCCACUGGAGCAGCCAACUCAGUGCCCCAAGUGUGGGCAGAGCUUCCCACCCAGCUCAGAGGUGGCGAAGUCUCACUGCCCCCACCCCAGUGCCCAGCCCUUUGUCUGUGGUGACUGUGGGCACAGCUUCAGCCUCAGGUCCAAGUUCACCCAGCACCACAAGGUCCACAGAAGGAAGCAGCUGUACACCUGUGGUGGCUGCAGCAAGAGCUUCACUCGCAGCCUGACUCUCAUCGCCCACUGGCACAGCCACACCGGGAAGAAGCCCUUUGCCUGCAGCGAGUGCAGCAAGAGCUUCCGGCACAGCUUGUGUUUCCUCCAGCACCGCCGUGUCCACACCGGUGAGAGGCCUCAUGCCUGCAGUGACUGUGGCAAGAGUUUCCAGGGGGACUCGAUGCUCACUGCUCACUGGCAGGUCCGUGCUGGUGAGAAACCCUUCAGCUGCAGCGAGUGCGGCAAGAGCUUCAGCGUCAGCUGCCACCUGUUCCGGCACCGCCGUGCCCACACCGGUGAGAAGCCGUACCGCUGUGCCGGCUGUGGCAAGAGCUUCUGUUGGAGCAAGACCCUCAUCGCCCACUGGCGUGUGCACACUGGCAAGAAGCUGUUUGCCUGCACCAGCUGUGACAAGACCUUCAGCCACAUCUCUCACUUCCUCCAGCACUGCCAUGUCCACGCCAGUGAGCGGUUGUGCAACUGCAGUGAUAGCAGCAAGAGCCUCAGUGGCAGCUCUGACCACAGCCAGCAGCUCUGCAACCACUUCUCUGAGGGCCAUGGGCUGUGCAGCAGCGAGGAGAAGCUGCCAGAUCCUGAAGUCAUUACCAGCAGCUGCAGCAAGUGCCUGCAGAGCUUCAGCAACCACUCGGCCUUGGUGCAGCACAGGCGGACCCACAGGGGUGAGAUGCCACAUGGCUGUGCUGACUGUGGCAAGGGCUGCAGCUCCAAAUUCAGUCUCACCCAGAACCACCAAAACAGAACUGGGGAAAAGCCAUUCCAGUGUGCUGACUGCAGCAAGAGCUUUGCCCGCAGGUCCACCUUAGCCCGUCACCGCUGGGUGCACACUGGUGAGAGGCCUCAUGUCUGUGAUGACUGUGGUAAGACCUUCACCUGCAGGUUCAACUUAGCCCGGCACUGCCGUGUGCACGCAGGUGAGAGGCCUCAUGUCUGUGGUGACUGUGGUAAGAGCUUCACCCGCAGGUUCAUCUUAGCCCAGCACUGCCAUGUGCACACAGGCGAGAAACCCUUCACCUGUGCCACCUGUGGCAAGAGCUACAAAAACAGAUCCAACCUGACUUGGCACUGCCACACCCACACUGGUGAGAAGCCAUACCAGCGUGCUAAGUGUGGAAAGAACUUCAACUCCAGACGCAGCCUCACCCAGCACCACAGUAUCCACACUGGUGAACAGCCCUACCAGUGUGCUGAGUGUGGCAAGAGCUUCACCAGGAAAUCUCAUCUCACCCAGCACUGCCAUGUUCACACAAGUGAGAAGCCUCAUGUCUGUGGGGACUGUGGUAAGAGCUUCACCCGCAGAUCUCAUCUCACCUAUCACCGCCAUGUUCACACAGGUCAGAAACCCUUCACCUGUGCCAGCUGUGGCAAGAGCUAUGUUCACAGGUCCAACCUCGCCCGGCACAUUCGAAUCCAUGCCUGUGACCAGCCCACACCAAAUGUCACAUUCAUGGAUAACCUGAGUUAUGGCCUCCAUGGAUCGAAAGUGCAGCGGGAGGUCGGAGACGCACUGUGGGAUGCGGUUCUUAGCAACGGCACAGACUUUGAGUCGCCCCUCCAGCUAAGUCCCGCCCGGCGGGAGGUGCUCCGCGCGUUACUAAAGAUGACAGCCGAAAGAAACACGGCGGCGGUGGUCCUGUUACUUCUCCUGCCGGCCGCUACGAACAGCUCUGACGCCCCGCGCGUCCCCGCGGAUGACUGCGUGCGAUAUGGGACACGGACUUUUAGUUUUCAGCCGGUAAAAGACGUUACUGAAGGUACAGAGGAACGGACGAGGAUGGAAAAUCAUGUCAUCCUUAGUCGGAUAUCUGUACCUCACGGCGAUGAGAAGCCUGGCCCAAAUCUCUGGGUGACCUUCUACAGGCAGGCAGAGAACUGUGAGUGGGAAGAAGAAUGA